UCUGGCAAUUAUAAACUUUGUUUAUAUAUUUGUCUAUUUACAAUCAGAAUGACAUGUGAGGCGUACUUAGUUUAUUUAUUAGACUUAAAUCAAAACGUUGUUCAUUAGCCAUGUAAUUUUUUGUUAAGAUGGAGCAUAAUAAGUCUCGAACAUGCCUGAGAACAUUAGAAUUUAUCGAGGUUACGACUCGGAUUUGGGGUGUACUUACAAUGAUUGUCAUGUGGGGUGUUGGAGCAGACCUAACAAUACACAAGCAUGGCCUUGGAGCUUAUACAUUGUUCAUUGCAGUAAUUCUUACAAUCUUUGAAACAUCAUUUGCUAUCAACAUUUAUUUAGAUUUCAUCAUAAAGGAUGAGAAAAAUAUAUGCUUCCAAUGCUGGCAACUUAUUCAAGAAAUGGAUAUUUGGAAGAAGACAGCUUUGUAUCUUUUCUUGUCUAUCUUUUGCUUUAUCAAACCACAUGAAAUGUGGUUGGCAGCUAUAGGGGGUUGUAUGCUACUAGUUUUGGCUUUAUUAUAUCUAGUAUUUUCAUAUAAAACAUAUUUAGCUGAACAGGAAACAUUAAUGUUUGAUAAGGAAUGCUCAUAUGAUAGAUUUGAAGAUCUUCAAGAUGAAAUUGAUGACCGGCUUCCCGAACCGAACUGUGGAAAUGUGGCUGAUCAGGAUACUAUUCUGAGAGUAUAAGUGAUCUGACCCAAGUUAUUUAAACCAAAGAAAUAACCAUUUCAGGCUUUACAUCAUGCUGUGAUCAUAUGCUGAUGAAUGGUUCAUUGCCUAAUGCUGUUGCCUUUCCUAAAGUUAGAAGCUUUAGCUCAAUUUAGUACACUUGUUAUAAUUUUUUUUGUUGGUUUGAUUCAUAACUGUUAUGUUUUUCCUGUUAUUUUACGUAUGUAGGACUAUUUAGAAAACAAGACAUGAAAGAAUGAGUUUUUAUUAUUAAUUUGGUAUUUUGAUAGUCUUAUGAACUAUGAACUCUUGUUUAGCAGAAAAUUAUUACUAUGAUCUUUAAAUGUCUAAUUGU